CAAAGAACAGAUUUUCAGAAAUUCCUCCUGAUGUCUGGCUCUUUGCACCACUGGAAACUUUAAAUUUAUAUCACAACUGCAUCAAAUCCAUUCCAGAAUCUAUUAAAAACCUGCAAAUGCUCACCUACCUUAACAUUAGUCGGAAUCUUUUGUCAACGUUGCCAAAAUACCUGUUUGAUCUUCCACUGAAAGUUCUGGUUGUCAGUAAUAACAAACUGGUCUCCAUUCCAGAAGAAAUUGGGAAGUUGAGAGAUCUAAUGGAGUUGGAUAUUAGCUGUAAUGAACUUCAGGUUCUUCCCCAGCAGAUAGGAAAAUUGCAGUCACUUAGAGAAUUGAACAUAAGAAGAAAUAAUCUCCAUAUGUUGCCAGAUGAAUUAGGAGACCUUCCCUUGGUAAAACUGGAUUUUUCCUGUAAUAAAAUCACAGAAAUUCCCAUUUGUUACAGAAAGUUGCGUCACUUACAAGUUAUACUUUUGGAUAACAACCCAAUGCAGAUACCACCAGCACAGAUCUGUUUAAAGGGUAAAGUACAUAUAUUUAAAUUCCUCAGCAUCCAGGCCUGCCUCAGAAUAGAUAAAAAACCAGAUUCCUUGGAUCUUCCGUCAUUAGGGAAAAGAAUCCCCUCCCAGCCACUCACAGACAGCAUGGAGGACUUUUAUCCCAAUAAAAACCAUGGACCAGACUCUGGCAUUGGAAGUGAUAAUGGGGAUAAAAGGUUGUCCACCACAGAACCAUCUGAUGAUGAUACAAUCAGCCUUCACUCCCAGAUAUCGGAAUCAACAAGGGAACAGACAUUAAAGAAUGACAAUCAUGUCAUGGGAAGUAAACUUGAUCCACAGAAAGACCAGGAGGCAUAUGACUACAUUGACCCGAAUGCUGAUGAGGGAGCUCCUCCUGAGCAGGGAGAUGUGCAGAGUGGCCCAUUGCUGUCCUAUGUCAAGGAACGGGGAAAACAUCCUGAGAAGUCCCAGAAAAUUGAACAGAAUGAAGACUGGGGGGAUGAAAAAAGGCUUCAGAAAGAGCAGCUGCUGGCUGAAGAUGAUGAUGAACUCAAAGAAGUGACUGACUUGAGAAAAAUAGCAGCUCAGUUGCUGCAGCAAGAACAAAAACACAGGCUUCUCAAUCAUUCAGUUUCAGUAAACACAAGGAACAGGCCAAAGCAGCCAAUGGAGUCUGAAAAAUGUGUCUCCACAAAUGAAGGGAAUUCCCCAGUGUCGCCAUACAGCUGGCAGCCACUGGAAAACCAGAAGGAUUCCGUGGAUGAGCAGCAUUGGCCAGAAACACAGCCAGUGAUCUGGCAGAAUGAAGAAAGGAGGAGAAGUAAACAAAUUAGAAAAGAGUAUUUCAAGUAUAAAUCUUCCAGAAAGAGUUCAAGUGGAAAUGAAAAUGAUGAGCAAGACAGUGGUAAUACUAAUGUGUCCCCACAGUCUCCUGUGUCAUCUGAGGAUUAUGAAAGGACAGAUAGUAACACUCAUGGUCCAUUUGGUCUCAAACCAAGGUCAGCUUUCAGCCGUGCCUCACGUCAAGACUAUGGUGCAGUGGAUCCUGGGUUUACAAUGAGGAGGAAAAUGGAACAUUUAAGGGAAGAAAGGGAACAAAUAAGACAACUUCGCAAUAAUCUUGAAUCAAGGUUGAAAGUAAUUUUGCCAGAUGACAUCGGAGCAGCGUUGAUGGAUGGGGUUGUUCUUUGCCACUUAGCCAAUCACAUAAGGCCACGCUCUGUUGCCAGCAUCCACGUCCCAUCACCAGCAGUGCCUAAACUCAGUAUGGCAAAGUGCCGAAGAAAUGUUGAAAACUUCCUGGAUGCUUGUAAAAAACUGGGUGUUCCACAGGAGAGACUUUGCUUGCCUCAUCACAUUCUGGAGGAGAGGGGUCUGGUGAAGGUUGGCCUCACAGUUCAAGCUCUGCUUGAAUUGCCUGCAUUGAAAGUAUCUCAGCUUUCUUCCAUGUGAUGUGACUCCUUGGAAGCUAAGACAACUUCCCAUUUGCUUUGUUGAUAUGGAUUGCUCUGAGGCAACUCAGCCUCCUCCAUGGGAACAUCCAAGCCAUCAAAAAUUCUCUGUCCAGAUGCUGUAGAGAGCCUUACUUUGGAGUUGUGAUGAAAACCUUGAAGUCAGUUCACAGCUAAAAGAACAUAAUUAUUCCUUUUUCUUUUGUAAUUGGAUGUACAAAGAGAUCGUGGUAGCAUCAGGUUCUCUUCCUAUUUAAGUUACAAGCUGCCAUUUCACAUCUCAGUGUUACAGUUACAUGCUGGAUUGCUUUUUUUACAUUG